AACAGACAAAGAAUUACAUGCAUUCCUUCCAACAUCCGAUCACAUUAUGGGUGGUAAGAAGGAGCUGUGAGCCAUAGAUAAACCAUUGAAAAAUGCAGCUCCCUCUCGCUUCCCCUGUGUCGCAGUGAUGGUGGACUAUGGGUAUUUUCACGAUUGCAGCUCUCCUCUGACAUUUGGAGCGGCGUGACCACCGCACGUCCCACUGACUCACGGAUUUGAGCAGAUGUCUGGUCCAGUACCGGCACCGGGCCACCUCCUCUGCGAACACUAAUGGCUGGUCGUGUAGAGGGAAUCUGGAGAGAUUUGCACAGAUUAAGCUGCAGCAUCCUGCGCCCCGGAGAGAGGAGGAGAAGAUGCUCGAGCACACAUGCGUCUGGAGGGAUGCGGGGCACUAAACUCUCAUCUAUAGCAAUAUUCCUACUUUUAUUACACAGCGCGCAGGCUUCCGACGAUGACUUGAGUCAUGAAGCCUCUGGAUCAUUUUUGGAUGUGGCCACCUCACCCGCCUCAACCCAUUUGUUUGGCAGCUUCCAUAUGACAAACAGGAAUCCAGCUUCUGUAGUUCAGUCAGAUCGCACAGGCUCGUCAAAGGGUAGCAGGGAACAACCUGAAUUUUCCUCUAUACUCACAUUACUUGCCAGCACGGCACAAAAGCCUCCUAAACUCUUGUUAAAAGUUAUUGCACGUGACAAUGAAACACAUCAAUGGCCUUCAAAUGUAUCUUCGGAACGAGUGGAGCCAUUUACUCUUCCAUCGUCUGUGCUGGUCAGCAACCAGUCCUCCAAAUCAGAGUUUGAGGGGAUAUCUGAGCUUGUGGCACCUGCGGCCACAUCCAGAGCUGCAGACCCUCUUCAUAAAGCCAGUGAUUCUAACAGAUAUUCACCUGAGCAGAGAAACACUGCUGCAUCCAAUAGAUCUUCGGCUACAGCUGUGAACAACACACAACGAGAACGUCCAGCCAUUACAACCACUACUGUAUCUCAGCCUACAAUAUUUAACAGCAAUACUGUCACCACAGCCAGCAUCCCCUUUACGAAAACCACAAAUCAGAUUAGCUCUACCCAAUCAUCUGCUGCUAAACGACACUCCAAAACACCUAGGACAACUAUCAGAACUACAACUACAGAAUCUCCAAAGACAACACCUAGAAUCCUUCCUGUCUCCAUCUCACAGAGUGCUAAAUUGGACCCUUCAAGGAGCACCUUAGCUCCUCCAAGAGCUGCUGCUACUGAGGCCUCGAUGCUGAGAUGUAACAUCACUGACAAAAUGUGGAUAAAAACAGUGUUGUCCGUACAGUUACGGAGGAGUCGUCUAGACAGUAUUUUGAAGCAGAAUCUCCCUCGAGGGUUUACUCAAGCUCUGAAGAAGGCCUUGAACGACAGCACGGUUCAGGCUAAGAUUGAGAGCAUCUCCAGUGUCCCUAACGUGACGGUCGGUUACUAUGUGACCCGUGGAGAGAUGGUGUACACUGCUUCAGUGGUUGUGGAGGCUCUAAGCGUCUAUGGUAUUGAGAGAUUGAUGGCAGACAUCCGGCAGUUUGUGCCACUGGUGCAGGCGAUUCCCAUCCCACCAGUCCCCUGGAGACCCAGUCCUGCCAUCUCACUGAUGCUGAAGACAGUUCUGAGGUUUGUAGGACCAGGAGAUGACCUCAGGUUCUGCAGAUUUACUCAGAUGAUGGAGCAGAGACUGGAGAAUGCUUUUGCUGAGGCAGAGGCCAUAGUGAUGAACUCACACAGCGGUCUCGCUGUACAGAUCUUGAGCACAUCACAGUCUAUGGGUUCUCCUGCUGUAUCGCUGAUAUAUGUGGUGCAUAAUGGCAGUGUCACUCUCAAUGGCACAACUACCAGUAACCUCCUCAGCCAACUGACUGCCGAGCUUGUUGGUUACUUCCUGUUUUACCCUCCACUGAUCACAGCUGAGCCUCUGGAAUACCACAACCUUAACACAUCUGUAGUAACCAGGCCAUUUUGGAUAAUCACAGUGAUUCAGGAUGUGGAAAACUCCUCUCUGGAAGGACAGUACCACAGUUUUGCUAGUCUGAUGGAGGAACGGUUGGCUGAGCUCUUCAUGGUGGCCCACCAGCAAGGCAUUCGCUUCAAGCGGGCAGCAACGGUGGACAGUUACACUGUCCAGAUGGUUAGUAUCAGGCGUGUGCAUGGGCCAAAAAACCCAGCUGAGAUGACCUACUACGUCCAGCAAAAUGGGACCCCACUGCUUGGCACAUCUGCAGCCAAGCUUAUGAACACAGUGGACUCGCAGACCAUGGCACUCACGCUGGGAUACUUUGUCCAACUGCAGGCUGAAGCCGUAGUGAAGAAUCCACCCAACAACAUGUGGAUCAUCGCUGCAGUGCUAGCACCCAUCGGUGUGGUGACCCUCAUCAUCAUCAUCAUCACCACGGUGCUGUGUCACAAAAACAAGAGCGAUUUCAAAAGCGAUCCCAUUGGAAACUUCAACCCUCGAGUCAAGACUGCUUACUGGAAAGACGUGGGUUAUUACCCUCAGCCUAUUCAGGGGUUUGACUAUGCCAAGCAACACCUGGGUCAGCAGGGUGGUGAUGAGGAGACCCUCUCGGUUACCCAGGAGACUAUGAUUCUGCCCCACCCCAUUCGAGAUGCCCCUCUGUCCCUAGAUAAGCCUGCACGCCAAGAUGGAUCCACUUCCAAGAAGAGCCUGAACAGUGAGAUAAGGAAAAGGUAUCCUAUUCAGGGGUUUGACUAUGCCAAGCAACACCUGGGUCAGCAGGGUGGUGAUGAGGAGACCCUCUCGGUUACCCAGGAGACUAUGAUUCUGCCCCACCCCAUUCGAGAUGCCCCUCUGUCCCUAGAUAAGCCUGCACGCCAAGAUGGAUCCACUUCCAAGAAGAGCCUGAACAGUGAGAUAAGGAAAAGUAGGUUGCCGAGUGAGGAUGGUUCCGUCAUCAACAGCGAAUCAGUGAAAGAGGUCUCGGGAAAGGGCUCGAGUGUGCAAAAAGCCACAGUGCAGCAGAAACUCACGAAGAAGGAGACGAGGAAGAGUAAUGAUCAUUAUGAUAGUUCCUCAGGAUCACUUCAGCAUAUUUCUAUAAAACCAAUUGCAGCUCAACCCACCUACUCGCGCCCUGCAUCCUCCGACCGCAGCCAGGACUCUGCUGUAUUCAAUGGAGAGGUGAAUUUGGCUCUGAAACAGAAGUCAGACAUUGAGCACUACAGGAAUAAGCUUAGACUGAAGGCCAAAAGGAAGGGAUAUUAUGACAUUAUGACUUCUGAGCGGAAAGGUAGCACUAAAGACCUAAGUCAGCGACACAAGUACAGCCACGACAGGCCUCCACACCCCCACACCCACGCUCAGGAACCGGAAGACGACAGGGGCUCCACAUAUGUGAAGUAUCGCAGGAGGUAA